CUCUACGAAAAGGCUAACUUCACGUAAGUAAAUUCGUCGCGAUAGCAACCCGGCUAAGUUGGAUAAUUAUUCGACCUUGACAAGUGUGCACCGAAAGGACGGAUUAACUUCUUGAGAUUAGGCGUGUGAUCAGCGUAUGAUUGACCUCUUCGUCUUCUCGACGAAUAAAUGGCAUCGGCACUGUUACGCCUUAGGUCCACAGCAGCGAUAAGAAAUUUUCAAUUUUAUUUUAGAGCAAUGUCCACUUCAUAUCUCAUUGACGAGCCCAAGUAUUCUUUUCUGAAAGAAUUGGGACUGGACAAGGUCAACGUCGGUGUGUAUGAUGGAAAAUGGAAGGCCUCUGGAACGACUGUGACGUCAAUUUGCCCAGCAAACGGACGGCCAAUUGCCGAGGUGCAACAAGGUUCUGUCGAGGAUUACGAGCGGUGUGUCAAAUCGGCCCAAGAAGCUUGGCAGACUUGGGUUGACAUUCCUGCACCCAAAAGGGGAGAAAUCGUUAGACAAAUUGGAGAUGCCUUGAGAGCGAAAUUGCAGCCUUUGGGACAACUUGUCUCUCUAGAAAUGGGGAAAAUUUUGCCUGAGGGAAUUGGCGAAGUCCAGGAGUAUGUCGACAUCUGCGACUACGCUGUUGGACUCUCGAGAAUGCUGGAAGGUCGUGUUUUGCCAUCAGAGCGUCCAGGUCACGCUCUCCUCGAGCAGUGGAACCCUCUUGGAAUCGUUGGAGUCAUUUCAGCCUUCAACUUCCCUAUUGCUGUUUACGGCUGGAAUAGUGCCAUUGCUAUGGUCUGCGGAGAUGUUCUUCUGUGGAAGGGUGCGGAAACAACACCUCUGGUAUCUGUGGCCACAACAAAAGUUGUCGCUGAAGUUCUGGAAAGGAACAACAUUCCAGGUGCUGUGUGCUCCUUGUGCACUGGUGGAGCCGACGUUGGCAUUGCCAUGUCCAAGGAUGAACGCGUACCUUUGGUCUCUUUCACAGGCAGCACCAAAAUUGGCCAUAAAGUUGCGCUUGAGGUGCAAAAUAGAUUUGGCAAGCACCUUUUGGAGCUUGGUGGCAACAAUGCGCUUCUGGUCGCAGAGGAUGCUGACCUUGACAUGGUCGCUCGUGCCAUUAUUUUUGCAUGUGCUGGAACAGCUGGCCAAAGGUGCACAACGACCAGGAGACUUAUUUUGCACGAGAAGGUGUAUGAUGAGGUUUUGGCCCGUCUGAAGAAGGGCUAUGAGCAAAUAAUCAACAGAGUUGGCGAUCCCCUCGACAGCGGAAUUCUCUACGGCCCCAUGCACAGCAAAGUGGGAGUCGAGCAGUUCAAAAAAGCAAUUGCUGAGGUUGUCAAGUUGGGAGGAAAGAUUGAGUUUGGAGGAAAGGUGGUGGAUAGGCCUGGCAAUUUUGUGGAGCCAACUAUUGUCACUGGCUUGCCUCACGAUGCACCCAUUGUACACGAUGAGACCUUUGCCCCCAUUGUCUAUGUGCUGAAGUGUUCCAAUAUGGACGAGGCCAUCAAGUGGAACAAUGAGGUCAAGCAAGGACUUUCCUCUAGCAUCUUCACCAAGGACCUGGGCCGAAUUUUCAAGUGGAUUGGGCCGAAAGGUUCCGACUGUGGUAUUAUCAAUGUCAACAUUCCGACCAAUGGUGCCGAAAUCGGAGGUGCUUUUGGAGGUGAAAAGCACACAGGAGGUGGUCGCGAAUCUGGCACCGAUUCAUGGAAGCAGUACAUGCGCCGAUCGACCAUCACCAUCAACUAUUCCAAGGAACUGCCUCUUGCUCAAGGAAUCAAAUUCGAAUAAUAUUGGUAAUGAUAUUAAUUAGCAAUACACAAACGGAAGGUCUGCAGAUUAAUGCAGAUUAAAUUUAAUUGUGCAAAUCUACAAUUAAGCUCAUGUGCAAAGGGAAAAUGAAUAUAUUUUUUGUACGUUUACGGA